GGGGGCUUUCUUCAACCUCUCAGCUCAAUUGCACCGCGGAAGGACAUUUCAAAGAACAUUGCACUGGUCCAGUGUCUGUUAUCAAGGUAUCGUGUGGGAGGUGCCUUAGGGGUUCAGGUGUCAAUAUUGACGACCUUGAAGUUCCAACGACAUUCUAAUGUGAUUGUGGCACACUGUAACCGCCUCAUUCCUGCUUUACUCGGAUAUCUAGUGUACACACCAACUGCUCCAAGAGCCAACCGUCAAGAGAAUCUUGCCGCUGUUAGGCAUAUAUGCGUAUGCAUGGAUCAUACGGCCUGGUCAAUGGCAGGCCAACCCAACCAGGCUCUGGAUAGAAUCUUGUCCUGUGUGAGUACAUCAUUGAUCAAUGAUAUAUCUGUUCAUGCCACCUUUGCCAAGGUCAGAGAUCCUGCAUCUCGCGCACCGUUCCUUCCACCCAGCCUCUUCCAAUUGUCAAGUUGUUUGCCAGUGUCUUUUCAGCACCUCGCAUAGCGACAUUCUACGAGAAUUCAGCUUGAAAUUCUAUCAGACGCCAUGGCCACUGAACAAGGCCUUGCCGAAACACCCUCUUCGUCUGGACAGCCCGUGGAGAAUUUGGGACAGGAUCCAACGAGGGCCUACGAGUAUACGCGACUCCCGAACAAACAUGGUGUGUUCCGUCUCCUGUGCAGGGGAGAUUUUGGGACCCCAAGCAGCCUCAUCACCUCGAAUCUCAAAGAAUGGACCAGUCGUCACUCUGGUUAUGCAGCAAUUUCGUACACCUGGGGAGGGCCGGAGAGAGUACCGUAUGAACUGGACAAUGGAGUGGUUGAGAUUCCAUUGUCACUUUCCGAAGCCCUUGCUGAUAUUGAUGCACGCUAUAUAUGGGCUGAUUCGAUUUGCAUCAACCAGCGGGAUGACGUCGAGAAGUCUUUCCAAGUUCAACAAAUGGCUGAGAUAUACAAGUCGGCCUUGUCGGUCAUCAUCUACCUGUACCCGCAGGAGCCUGAAUACUUCGACAUCAAUUUCAAAUCCCGCUUACCGAACUCCGGGAUCCUUGUGUCGUCGGUCAGACCUAUACUUGGCCAUGCAUGGUUCACAAGGGCGUGGAUAUUUCAGGAACUAUAUCAUGGCGGCCGUCGUGCGAUGGUACAAUGUGGCCAGAAGAAGAUGGAUUGGGAUUCACUUAGUUCGCAUCCUGCGUUGCCCAAUCAACGAGACGCCAAUCCGGGGACUUCUGAGACGUGGUGGGCCAGAUGGGAUGCAAGCUAUUCAAAAAUGGCUGUCGAAAGAGGAUUUGAAACAUUGGCGCGAAUAUCCCGUUCUAUCAAGAAAUGCUAAAUCAUACAGACAUCAGAUGAGAGACAUGCAGGCGAAGAGGUCUCCGAGAGAGAACAGCUUAGCCCGAGCGAGGGUGAGAACGACAACACCGGAAGACCUGGAAGAAGUCAUGUCAAGGGCGACCCCGGAGGAGAAGGAAGGCGAGAGGGCAAGGGCCUUGGAGGGGAUUCAACUUCUUGAGAAGAUGGAUGCAAUCGGCCACCCUCCAAAGGAAGAUGACGGAAACAACUGGUGGCUCCUCAAAGUUCUACAACUCCGCCGUGGAGCCCGAUGCUUCUUGGCUUGCGAUAUCGUUUAUGCACACCUGCAGCUUGCGGAUUUUCCGGAUUUAAAUAGGGAUAUGAUUGACUACGCGGCAUCAUAUAACACUGCCUUUCACACUGUGGCGGAGUGUUUUAUGCGCAGAGUGACUGGCCUUCAGAUCUUGGCCUUCGUGGAGGACAUUCCGCUCGCAGAACGGCAAUACGGAGUAGGCGUCCCGGAUCCAGCCGUGAAAAGCAAACCCAUCAUAGGGAUAGGAGGACGCUAUGAGAGAUUGGCUUCCUGGGCACCAAACUGGACCCGAUGUCUACCCGCAGAACAAAACGGCUUCCUGAACGACUUGAUGAGGACGGAGGACAGUAACCGAUUCCUUAAUCGCGAAUGGAAAUGGCGCUACUGCGCCAUGCGCAACUUCUUUCAACUCGGCGACGGAGUCAUCGGCUGCAUCGCACGUCUACUCCAACAUCGAGUUCUAACAAGCGAUUAUGAGACAACUAGUAACGCUGCUGUUCUAGAGGAAAUCGAUGACAUCUCGAUGGUCCUCAGCGAAGCUCGUUUAUCCCUGCCCAGAGCCUACAUGCCUGGGGACAUCGCUGUUUUGAUUGCGGAUGCGCCAGACGCGGUUCACUUCGUUCGACCCCAGAUGGACUGUUGGAUGGUAGCCAGGAGCUCGAAAGUGGAAAAGUCAUCGAAAUGUGCACCCAGAAAAGAGAUGCUCGGGGCAUUACAAAGUGUGACUCUUGUCAAAGUGGAGAGUUACUCAGUAGCAGUAGUUGCAUUCCCAGCCUUGGAUGCAACGCCAGUAAGUAAAGAGGACUUCCGUUACUCCCGCUAGAUUGAACUUCGUCAGCUGACCCUUAUGCCGAAGGUCGGCUUCUGCCCCUCGAAGGACUUGAUAUUAGCUACUGUGUGUAUAUCGGGCAAUCCAAGCUUCCACAUCUCACUGGACAUCAUGUGGAUAAUAUAUUCCUCGGGGGCGGAGACGCUGGAAACGCUGGAAACGCUGGAAACGAACUUCUUGUGAUGAGAUAGCGGAAUCUAAA